UUUUUUUUUCUUGGGCCUCUCUUCGUUUGUUGGUCUCGUCCCGCCGAUCUCGUCCUCCGUCAGCUUUCUCGCCGGCGGCCGCCAGCCACAGAGCAGCACGUGACAUCGCCGCCCGCCCUCGUCGCGCCCUCGUCGUCGUCGGCGCGUCGCUGGCGGAUCGCACACGGCCGCCUCCGUGGCAGAGCCAGGACGCAUCGCCGCCGACACUGCUUGCCCAGGGGAUUCGUCUCUCCGCGCGCCGUCGUCGCAGGCGGGCAUGGCUGGCUCGGGCGUGGUCUGCCCAGCGCCCAGCACGCGCGGCGGAUUUGCUUUUGAGCCGUCGCAGCAUUUCUUCUUCCGUCGCGCGAUCGUGGUGUCCCCUCCACCGUCCUUGCACUAGCCCGUCGACGCCGCCCUCGACCUCCCCGUCUGCCCACGCCCCCGAUUGCCUUUCGUCUCGCCAGCCGAGAAGAUCGAACAGCAUCAAUGGCGACCCCACACCCGCUCGGCUCCGUGGCCGACGUGCCGCUCUUGAUCAGGUCUGCGAACGCGCAGUCCGAACGGCGUGUCAAUCCGUCCUGGACGAUUGCGCACUUCAAGUCCCGCCUGGAGCCCAUCACCGGCAUCCCGUCCGCCGCGCAGAAGCUGACCUUGCGCACGGCGUCGCACGAUGCGAUCGCCAUCGAGGCCGCAAGCGAGGAGCAGACGCAGCUCGCUGCCUUUGGGCUGCAACCGUAUGCGGAGCUCUCAGUCGUGGACACGCGUCCUCCAGGCGCGCGCAUCGACUUCAACGAUGUCUCGUCCGUGGAAAAAUAUGUCAUGCCGGAAGCGGAGUACGAGGCCCGCAAGGACAGCGUGCUCGCGUGGAAGAAGGCCCAAAAGCUAGGACGGUUUGAUCCAAACGCGCCGACGCUGGAACAGCAGAAGAUCCACGCCUUGGAGAGAGAAGUUGAGGAACGCGGAAUAACCCUCAAUGCACGCUGCCAGCUCCUCCCAAGCAGCGACUCUCGCCGUGGCACCGUAUCCUACGUCGGCGCUGUCCCCGAGAUCCCUGGCGGUCUUGGCCCAUGGGUCGGCAUCACGCUUGACGAGCCCACUGGAAAGAAUGACGGCAGCAUCGUCGACAAAGCCACCGGUGAGACCAAGCGCUACUUCGAAUGCAAACCCAAGCACGGCGUGUUUGUGCGACCGGAGCGAGUUGAGGUGGGCGACUUUCCAAAUCUGGAUGACGACCUGAUGGGAAGUGAUAUGGAGGAGCUAUAAGCGGAUGGUAACGUGACACCAGACCCCGACACAGAUCCGUCGACGAUGAAUGGUGGGGGGUUUUCCCGGGGGCGAGUCUCUGACGGCAAGAACGGGGCAGAUGUAGCGGUGAGGAUGUCGGCAUCACGAUCGACGUCGCUCAAGUCAGUUCGAUCGAAUGCGACGACUUCACUUCACGAUCGGGGGCAAGACAGCCUGCGCCCAGCCUUGUCGUCGUGGCCGAAGGAACGAGCUCGGACGAAACAAAGUGUCAUCAGGUCUGAGAAGAGUAGAUGCAAAAGUACAGAACAAAUCAACAAAACUUUCAGGAACCACGUGCUGAGAAGAUCAUCCUCAAGACGAUGCAUUCAGCGAAACAAUUUUCGCAAAUCUCUACGCUAUUAACAAUUGAGCCACCCCCCCCGAAGAGGAGCGAGGAACAAAACCAGCCCCCAUUUGAAAGUCGUAAAAUCACAUCGACGCGACGCGCAUAAUGCUCUUCAGUCAAACUGCUCAUAU